AAUGAAUUCUGCUAUUCACUGCGUAAAUUUUCUAUUGCUAAAAUUUGUUGUUGAUUUUUGAUGAAGGAAUAAAAGAAGAAUUGAUGGCUUCAUCGAAUCUUUAUCUUAUUUGUACCAAACUAUAAGAAGGAAACUGUAACCAGCGACAUUUCUUCCAAUUUUCCAGGAGUAAGCUUCAAUCAAAGCCCAGCAUUCUUGGAUUGAAAGGCACUGAAAUGUCUUCUGGGUGGCUAGGAGGGCCCCCUGGCAGUGUGCCAGAUGAUGACGCACCUCCACAGUCACAAAGUGUCAGGCAACAAAAGCUAGAGGCUCAGAGGGCUCGUAUGGAAGAGAAGCAGCGUAAGAAGCGCUCAACACCUGGUAUGGUUCAAGCUAAUGAACACUCCAGACCAAAGUCAAGAGGGGCCAGAAGGGAGGAUGCACAGAGGCUUGUCUCAACAAAGACCCCCAAUCAGGGCCCAAUGUACCAACAUGCGUAUGAUGGUCCAGAGUCAUAUGAAUUAAACAAUCCUGAUAACUUGUCUACUACUAAGGUACAGGUGCUCCAUGUAACACCUGACUCUACCAAUGACUACUCAUCAGAUUCAGACAGUGAUGUACCCUCCAUCAAGCCACCCACUAAUACGGAGCGAAAAUUGAAACAACAGUCGAUUCCAACAGUUAUUGAUUAUGAAGAAGAAGAUGAUGAAUCUACACCCAUAAAUCCC